CCUUGGUCUAAUGAUAAUCAUAAUCAUCAUUAAUUAAUAAAGCAAAAAUCUAAGAACCAUUAAUUAUACAUAGAUGGUGUAAUUAACAGUCUUACAUAUGGGUGUUUCUGUCCAACUUCUUGCAACACUAAACCUAGUCAAAAUAUGUAGACCCGAUUAUGAAGAAGAAACAGAAAAGAGCUGAGGAAUAUAAUUACGGGUUGGUUUUCUUUUUAUGUUCAGGAUCUUCUUCCCGGAGCGGAUAUGGCCAGGUCCGGCCACCCAUAAUAAUCACCACCGAGCCCACCGUCUCCGAUACCACCCUCGACGAGCCCGCCACCCAUUUGCCAUGUAUUGCAAUUCGAGGAACUCACCGGCACAGAAACCGCAGACCCACUGCCGUUCAAAUGUCCGGCACCGACUGGAUCCGCCGCCCAAUCGGCUAUGCCCAACCCGAACCCGAAUCCAUGUAUGCCGGGAGGGUCUCCGAUCCCAAUCCCGAGCCCGAACCCGUUAAGUGACAUCAGACCGUUGCUGGCACCACCACACAGCAAAGACGUGAAGCUCUCCGUCCGGGUCUCCGGCACCGCGUCGUUCAAGUUCACCUCGCAGACCGACCCGGUGCCCAUGUAACCCGGUACCCAAGACUUCUCCGACGACGGAAGGACGGAGACGGUGGUCCGGGGGCGCUUGUUGGAGUGAGGCUUCCGGGUGCCGCCGCCGACGGGAACGUUGCGGAGGGUGCCGCCGCGGGUCCAGUAACGGCGGCAGGCCUUGCAGAAGUGGCGGGGCUGGGAGAGGUUGUAGUUGUUGUAGUAGCAGAACUUGGUGUUGGUGGACUCACAGCGUGGGCAUGGGAGGCUUUCCGCCUCCGGCGACUUCUGCGGCGGCGGCGUUGAGAUCGUGCUCGACGGCUGUGCCUCUCCGUUUUCUGAGGACAUUUUGUUUUUCUGCGGCGGCUUUCGAUAUUCUCUCGAGCUUUGGAUCGAUGGAAAUGGAGGACAGAGAAUUCACGGGAUACAAGACAAAGAAUUGUUUUUGCCCUUAACUUGUGAAGAGUCGGUG